AUGGAGAUUCAGUCGGAGAAAGCGAGGAUCGAGAGGAGGAAUCCGCCAGUGAUGCAGGCUGAUGCAGAAGAGACACAGACUCUUCUUUCACACCUCUGGGACGUUUAUGUGUUCGGCGUGACGGUCCUCACCAUGUGGACGCUUGCUGUUUUUACGCUGUGCUUCUUCACCUCUGCGGUUCUCUGCUUGGACUCCAAUGAGAUUCGCUCCUCCAGAGAGAUGAUUACAGACCCUGAGCCGACGGUGAUGCCGUCAGAGAAGGUUACAGUAAACGUGAGCAUCCAUAACAACGUGAGACGACGACAACAAAACACCGAAUGCACUAAUCAGCAGGGAAACGGAUGCCGGGGCUCGAAGAAGAGACGUGGUCGUAAAAGGAAGCCAUCGCUUGAUGAUACAGUCACUGAAAAAGGAGUGAAGAGGAGCAAGUGUGUGCGCUCACGUGACUGCGGAGAGGGCUGGUGCUGCGUUCAAUACCCCGGUGGUGGACGGUGCCAGAGGGUUCUUCAGGAAGGCGAGAUGUGCCUUUUAGGAGGGCGACCCAAAUCUAAAUCACGCAGACGUCUGGAGCGCUGCGACUGCACAGCAGGUCUGAACUGUCUCCCGAAGCCUGGUAACCCUAAGGGACAAGGAGAGUGCCGCGUUCAUGAAAAGGAACCAGACACACCGCAUUAGGGCGUGUCUGAAAUGGAAAACACUAAUGGUUUUUCAGGCAGUGCCCCAAAUCAGUGUUUAGUUUAAAAAAAAAAGAAAAAAAAACCCUGCAUGCUGAACACCUGGCCAAUUAUUUAUGAUGGCAGUGUGGAUUAAUUUUUAUUUUUACUGGCCAUGAAAUCCCACAAUCCUGUGCGGCACAUCAUUUCAGUCUGGUGACAAAACAAAACAUGCAGGGUAUUCAUUUUGUUCUUCCUCCUCAUGAAUCCCCAGCUAUUAUUAUUACGACUACUACUCUCACCGGCCACUUUAAUAGAAACGUCUUGUUGAUUCUAAGAUCCCCGUCCUUCCCUGCAGGAGUGGAACCCAAUGUGUUCUUCUGUUUUCUGUUGAGAUGCCUUUCUGCUCACCACGGUUGUAAAGAGUGAUUAUAUACGAGUUACGAUAUCCUUCCUGGCCAAAAAGCUCAAACCACCUCAAAUCUGUCCAUUUUCCUCUGACCUCUCAUCAACAAGGCAUUUGUUUUUUUCCACCCACAGAACUGUCGCUCACUCACUAUGUUUUUUGUUUUUCACACCAUUCUGUGUAAACUCUAGAAACCUGUGUGUGUGUGUGAAAACUCCAGGAGAUGUUUCUGAAAUGCUCAAACCAGUCCAUUAACACCAGAAGUCCCAGCAUUUUUCUGUCUACCUAGAAGACCCACAUAGGGGCCAUUUGGCCCGACCGCUUUUCCCCAAUACACUAAUCACUCAUUUUGUUAUGGUAAUGAGGCUGUUAGUGGCAGUUUGUGGGGUGAGGAGGUCACAUUUCACACACUUCACACUUCAGUGGUGAAGUCAUGUUGGCUACUUCUGUGUGAAUGUGAGAAUGAGGAAUAAAAACACAUUCUAUUCUAAAAUGUGAACAUGUGAAUGUCCCAUGUGACCAUAACGACUCAUGUGACUGCAACCAGACAAUUGUUUGAUGGAUAAAUACCUCAGUGCACAUGGACUAUCGCUUCAGUUUCCUCAAGAAUUUUGUGGUGAAAGAAGCUCCUCUCCAAGGAACGAAGAUGCAGAGAUUCAACAUUCAACAGGCAUUGUAAGAUUUCAUUUCUAAGCUGUAAGGUAACUAACAGCCACAUUUCCAUAACAAAAUGAAUGUCUACAGGGAGGACUUGGGGCCAAUUGGCCCUCUUGUGGGUUUUCUAGGUAAAAAGGCCAAAUGGCCCCUGUCUGGGACUUCUAACACCCAUGCCACAGUGAAAGAAAGUCAUACUUCACUGUGAGAAUCACAAUUUUUCCCAUUUUGAUGUUUGAUGCGAGCGAACAUUAAUGAACUGAAGCUCUUGAUUUGUAUCUGGCCGGUAAGUGUAUUAUUAUAAUAAUACUGUACAUCAGUAUUAGUGCUGAAAAAAAGGAAAAACACUGCUGAGUCUUUAGAUUAGCGCU